CAAUUUCCUCGUCCCCUUAUCGUCUUCCCCUUGCGUAUCACCCAUAACAUCUCAGCUCAGCUUGUAUCGUUCUCUUUGAUCAACUAGACUCGCUCAUAUCCUAUCCAUUGUUUCCUAAUUCACCACACUCGUUUGACACGUCCCUCCUUCACAUCAUCUACCCGUCAAGAUGGUCAUGUGGAUAUACAAACGUGACGGCCGCAAAGAGCACGUAGCAUUCGACAAAGUUACCGCUAGAAUCAAUAAACUAUCAUAUGGUCUCGAUCCCAACUUCAUUGAGCCUGCCGAGAUAACUCAAAAAGUCAUUCAAGGUAUUCACACUGGUAUCACCACUGUCGAACUCGACAAUUUAGCAGCAGAAACAGCAGCAUAUCUCACUACUAAACAUCCCGAUUAUGCUAUCCUCGCCGCUCGUAUUGCCAUUUCCAAUCUUCACAAAGAAACCAAGAAAUCUUUCAGCGCAGUCGUACAUGAUCUUUACAGUUGGGUCAACCCCAAGACUGGUAAACAUGCACCUAUGAUCGCCGACGAAGUCUAUAAAGUAAUCAUGGACAACAAAGACACUUUAGACGCUGCUAUCAUCUACGACCGUGAUUUCGCCUACAAUUACUUUGGUUUCAAAACUCUCGAACGAUCUUACCUUCUUCGUGUCAAUGGGAAAAUUGUCGAACGUCCUCAACAUAUGAUCAUGCGUGUCGCUGUUGGUAUUCACGGUGAUAACAUUGAUAAAGUUCUCGAAACUUACAAUCUCAUGUCUGAACGUUAUUUCACUCAUGCUUCCCCUACUUUAUUCAAUGCCGGUACACCUCAUGCUCAAAUGUCAUCAUGUUUCCUCGUCGCUAUGAGGGAUGACUCCAUCGAAGGAAUCUACGACACUUUGAAAACCUGCGCACAAAUCUCAAAGACUGCAGGUGGUAUCGGUCUUCAUAUUCACAAUAUCCGUGCCAAAGGUUCCUACAUCGCAGGCACCAACGGUUAUUCCAACGGUAUCGUUCCCAUGCUUCGAGCCUUCGACGCUACAGCUCGAUACGUAGAUCAAGGUGGUAACAAACGUCCUGGUGCAUUUGCCAUUUACCUCGAACCUUGGCAUGCCGACAUCUUCGAUUUCCUCGAUCUACGGAAGAAUCAUGGUAAAGAAGAAGUUCGUGCUCGUGAUUUAUUCUACGCCUUGUGGAUCUCAGAUUUGUUCAUGAAACGAGUCGAGUCAGAUGGAGAUUGGACCCUCAUGUGUCCUGCCGAAUGUCCCGGUCUCGCCGAUGUUCACUCUGAAGCUUUCGAAGAGUUAUAUGAAAGAUACGAAAGAGAAGGUAAAGGUCGUAAAACCAUCAAAGCUCAAAAACUUUGGUUCGCAAUUCUCGAAGCUCAAACUGAAACUGGUGGACCUUUCAUGCUAUACAAAGAUGCCGCCAAUGCAAAAUCGAAUCAACAACAUUUGGGAACUAUCAAAUCAUCUAAUCUCUGUACAGAGAUUAUCGAAUAUUCUGCUCCUGAUGAAGUCGCCGUUUGUAACCUCGCAUCUCUAGCAUUACCCGCCUUUGUUGAUAUGGAACGCAGAGUGUACGAUUUUAAGAAAUUACAUGAAAUCACAAAAGUUGUUACUAAAAAUCUCGAUACCGUCAUUUCUCGCAAUUACUAUCCCGUACCCGAAGCUCAUCGAUCAAACAUGCGUCAUCGUCCCGUCGGACUAGGUGUACAAGGUCUCGCCGAUGCUUUUAUGGCUUUACGUAUGCCAUUCGAUUCUCCUGCCGCUCGAGAACUCAACAUACAAAUCUUUGAAACUAUCUAUCACGCAGCUCUGGAAUCAUCUUGCGAGAUGGCACAGGAACGCGGAAAGUACGAAACGUACGAAGGUUCUCCUAUUUCUCAAGGUAAACUUCAAUUUGAUUUAUGGGGAAGGGUUCCUACCGAUUUAUGGGAUUGGACAGAAUUACGUGCCAAUAUCGCUAAACAUGGAGUGAGGAAUUCUCUAUUGGUCGCUCCUAUGCCAACAGCAUCGACCUCUCAAAUUCUAGGAUGGAACGAAUGUUUCGAACCUUACACUUCAAUGUUGUAUGCUCGUCGUGUAUUAUCUGGAGAUUUCCAAGUAGUUUGUCCUUGGCUUUUACGUGAUUUGAUCAAUCUCGGUUUAUGGGACGAUCAUAUGAAAAAUCUCAUCAUAGCUGCUGGAGGUUCUAUUCAAAAUAUACCAAGUAUCCCAGCUGAGCUCAAGGCGAUUUAUAAGACUGUAUGGGAGAUUUCUCAAAAGGCCGUGAUUGAUUUGGCUGCUGAUCGUGGAGCGUACAUUGACCAGAGUCAAUCUCUCAAUAUUCACCUUGCCAACCCAUCAUUCUCUCAACUCACAUCGAUGCAUUUCUACGGUUGGAAACGAGGUCUCAAAACCGGUCUUUAUUAUCUUCGUACCAAACCUUCAGCUCAAGCAAUCCAAUUCACCAUAGACGCUUCAACUUUAAAACAAGCCAAAGCUCUUGCCACAGGUCCGACACCUCUUCCCGUGUCUAAUGGUGAUGUCGAAUCUAUCGUUACACCUCUGCGUCAAGUCAAAAUCGCGACCACUGCGUCUACUGCACUUUCUGCACCUCCUUCUGCCACUUCGUUGAAUAAACGACAAGAUUCUCCUGGUCCGAGUGAAGAAGAAGAAUUGACUUAUGAAGAAGCUAAAAGGAGAGCAGAGGAAAGAGCAGAAGCAGCUUUACAAUGUAGUAUCGAUAAUAAAGAUGCUUGUGUCAUGUGUUCAGGUUAGAGUUGUUGUAAUUUAUUUCUUCUUUACUUUUUACUCUUUGAUGGAUU